GGGCCGGCUUGUCCCGGCCGCUGUGAUGGGAGUGGGUGAGACACAGCCCCGCCACUGCCGGCAGCAGCUCAGCACAGCCGCACACCCCACAGCCCUCCACCGCCGCUGAGAGAGCAGCAGCAGCCUCCAGCAGAGAGCGCGGAGGAAGGGGCUCGCUGCACUCCCCCGGCAGGGCAGCAUGAAGCCGGAGAGCUUCCCCGAGGAGAAUGGCCAGGGUAACCUCACAGCCGAGAGCUGCCAGAAGAAACGCCGCUGGAUUCCGGAGAACUUUUGGGAGGACGUGAGGCAGCUGCUGGUGCUGGCGGGGCCGCUGAUCCUGAUCCAGCUGCUGAUCUUCCUGAUCCACCUCGUCAGCUCCAUAUUCUGUGGCCACCUGGGCAGGGUUGAGCUGGCCUCUGUCACGCUGGCCAUCGCUGUUAUAAAUGUCACCGCCAUCUCUGUAGGUUACGGUUUGACUUCAGCGUGUGACACCUUGAUAUCACAGACCUAUGGCAGCAAGAACCUGCUGCGCGUGGGGGUGAUCCUGCAGCGUGCCACCAUCAUCAUCCUCCUCUGCUGCUUCCCUUGCUGCGCCAUCCUCAUCAACGUCGAGCCGCUGAUGCUGCUCAUGCAUCAGGACCCCGAUGUCUCCAGGCUGACCCAGCGCUACGUGGAUGCUUUUCUCCCUGCCCUCCCGGCGGUUUUUUUGUAUAACCUGGAGACAAGAUACCUGCAGAACCAGAUGAUCAUGUGGCCCUUGGUGCUGAGUGGGGUCAUCGGCAAUGUCACCAACGCGGCUGCAAACUACAUCCUCCUCUUCGUGUUCCACCUGGGCGUCACGGGCUCUGCCUGGGCCAACACCAUCGCUCAGUACUCACAAACCAUCUUCUUGUUCCUGUACAUCAUAUGCAGGAAGCUGCACGUGAACACCUGGGGAGGCUGGUCCAGCGAGUGCCUGCUGGAGUGGGACAGCUUCACCUCCCUGGCCAUCCCCAGCAUGCUCAUGAUGUGCAUCGAGUGGUGGACCUACGAGAUUGGGAGCUUCUUGAUAGGGCUGCUGAGCGUUGUCGAGCUCUCCGUCCAGUCCAUCAUCUAUGAGGUGUCUGUUGUGGCUUUCAUGAUCCCCCUGGGGCUGGGCACAGCUGCCAGUGUGCAGGUGGGCAACGCGCUGGGCGCCGGCAACGUCGAGGUGGCCAAGAGAUCCUCCUACACCAGCCUGAUCUGCACAGGAGUGUCCUCUGUAAUCGUGGUGUCCGUUUUAGCUGCCACAAGGAACGUGCUGGGAUACAUCUUCACCACGGACAAGGAAAUCGUUGACUUGGUGGCAUGGGUCAUGCCUAUCUACGUUGUCUUCCACUUGUUUGAAGCCAUGACUGGUGCCUGCAGUGGGCUGCUCAGAGGCAUUGGGAAGCAGAAAUUCGGUGCCAUCAUGAACGCCGUGACUUACUAUGGUGUGGGCAUGCCCCUGGCAGCUGUGCUGCUCUUCGUGGUCAAGAUUGGCGUCAUGGGCCUGUGGAUCGCGAUGCUCGUCUGCGUCUUCAUCCUCUGCACCUGCUUCCUGACCUACAUCUCCCGUGUGGACUGGGAGAAGGCAGCCAAGGAGGCUCAGCGCCGCGCGGGAGUGACCCCACAGGAGCUGCCGAGCCUGGGCCCCGAAGGCUCCUGCAAGGAUCUGGAUGUGGGACCAGCCCCGCCGCCCCACACUUACCUCCCUGCCAGGGCGGUGCUGGGCUCUGUCGCGGGAUUAGAAGCGCAGAGCGAUGUUGUGCUCACGGGCAUCACCAGGACAGAGGGACCCAGGUACCAGCUGGAGCUGCGGGAGGCCACCCCUGCUCCUGCCACCCCCGUGGUCACCAAGCAGCUGAUCUUGCGGCGCGGGCUGGCCGUGGCCGCGGCCGUGGCCGCGCUGGCCCUCGGCAUCACCGUGAAGCUGCUCACCAGCACGGACUGACUCGCACCGAGGACUUUGGGGACUUGUUUUUGGGGUGAAAGCCUUUCCUGAGGGACAGGCGUACCAAGCAUGGACAAGCCAGUGAGCAGAGCGAGCGCACGCCUGUCCCGCAGGAGCCGAAGGGCCUCUGUCAGUGCUCAGCAGCGUUUGUGCAGAGUUUGGAAGGUUGGGAAAGGGCCCCGAGGCUGCUCUGGCACCCAAAAUGCUGCUCUGAGCUGCUUGACACGUGCUGAGCGUGUGGGGGGCCCCCCCAGCCCACGCUGUCACCACCCACUGGAGCUGAGCUCAGCCCAGCUCCCCCUGCUGCUCCGUGACAAAUGCCAAUAAAGAAUAAAUCCAG